UUUCAGAGGUAACAGAGCAAUCCGCCGCCUCCGAUUUACAUUGCCGAACGCACCUAUUGAAUCAAUUCAACUAAGGCUGUGUCCAUAAUGGACAAUCUAUAUGUCAGAGAGAGAGAGAGAAAGAGAGACUCUCAGCCUAAAGGAAUAGACGUUUUAUAAUGUAAUUUGAAGAGGAAGGCAGAAUAAGAAUAUGAUUAGAAAAUAUGUCGAUUGAUGUCUAAAAAAGAAAGUAAUUAAUUGAUCUCAUCGUUAAGAUUUUAAACAUGUGCAACAGGGAAUAAUUUAUGAUAUCGAUGGCUAUGCGGAAAAGAAGUGGCUCUGGUGCCAAACGCCAGCACAAAUGCAAACUAGUACCUAUCUAUGAAAGUUUUUUCAAAGGUGAAGAUUUGACACUAGCUCAUCCAAACUUCUGGAAUGAGCUAUUUCUCAUUAAACCCAUGGUUCCUCACAUUGAGAGUGAGAUUUUACAUAUGACAUCAGAACAGCUAAAUGCUAGUAAAGAAAAUUUGAACGCCUUGGUAUGUCAUUGUGUUGACACUUUAGUUGAUGAACAUCCAUUUAGAAUAGUAUAUGCGCUGCAAACAUUAGCGGCAGUUAUUCAAUCUAUGUAUAAGAAAGCCAAUCAAGGAGACUAUGGAUUUAACUUAAUAGAUAUUUUAGUAGGGUUUGAUGCUGCAGAACAAAGGAUGACAACAUUGAUGCAGCAUUGCAAUAAUUUUCUGACAGGUGAAUAUCCAGAUAGUUUAAAAGCUUUGUGCCUGAAAUUACUGUUAAUAAUAGUCACUGGUAUGGACAAUGUUAGCCAAAAUACUUUAUUGGAAUAUGUAAUGCUAAAUAGUAUCUUUGAGUCUCUAAUACAAUUGUUGAGAGAUACAGCUGCUAGAAAUCGCCAUGGCCAUGAUGCAGUUUUAUUGUUAACGCUUCUAGUCAACUACAGGAAAUAUGAGAGCACAAAUCCAUAUAUCGUUAAAUUAUCAAUCUUGGAUGAUGAAUUGGCUCUCAAUGGGUAUGGACAAGCUAUAUCAAGUUCGUUAACGGAGUUCUGUCGGCAAUUCGCCCAACAAAGGGCAGAAAUACAAGCAUCUUGGUUGUCUUCGCUAACUAGUAUAGUCGGUAGCAUGUUUGUUGGCGAAGAGGAAGCAAAAACGCAACAAGUUCGCGCGAAUAACGCUUUGCUUUUAGCUCUGUACGAGGCCACACACUUGAAUCGUAAUUUUGUAACUACUCUGGCCUAUACACAAAGUGAUACUAGUGCACCUCCAUCACCAAACAAUACCUUAGGCCCGAAUACUGUGGCUCCUGGUGCUCCACCGCCCGACGUAAUGGCUCAGCCGUUCAAUUUAUUGGCUACCUUCUUGCAGUACUGCUCGAUAGUCAUGCAAGUUAUCAGAACAGAGGCUAUAAUGAAUAAUGUGAAGCUAUGUUUCUUGAUAUUAAGCUGUAUCGCGGAGGAUCAGUACGCUAACAGCUUAAUGCACGACGCAAACUUGGCGUUCAGAGUUCAAUUACACAGAGUACCCAUGCACCAUAGAAAAUUGCAAGAUAAAGCAGCACCUGCGCAACCACUCGCAGCGACAUUACUCGAUCUGCUGGUCGAAUUCAUAACGUCGCAUAUGAUGAAGAAGUUUCCGCUUGAGUUAUACCAUCAAUGCAUCGGCGUCCUCCAAAGAUUGCUGUGCUACCAAAAAAGGUGUCGUGUUAGACUUGGUUAUCAGUGGCGAGAUCUUUGGACGGCGUUGAUUAAUCUUUUGAAAUUUUUAACGACGCACGAAAGUCAUCUUAUUAAGAAAAUGAACAUAUUUCCUUUAGCUAUUCAGGUGGUAAACAUUUUAAAUUUAUUUAUCACAUAUGGUGAUACAUUCCUAUCAUCGCCCAGUAGUUACGACGAACUGUUUUAUGAAAUUAUUCGUAUGAGACUUAUUUUCACUAACUUAAAUGCUAUGGCACUUAGGUACUCGACUAGCGAAUCGUAUGAGCACAAAGAACAUGCGCUCAAAUUAACGAAUUCUCUCGUAAACGUAAGGGAUAUAGUUAAUCAUUUUCCUCCAAAGAUAACGGCAUGGCUAACCAAAGAAAGCUUAUCGACGCCGACGGAACAGCAAAUUUUGGCAAUUAUAAUACAGAAUUACGAUAGUCUCACCUUAAAGCUGCAGGAUAAUUUGGACCAGUACGAAAGAUACUCGGAAAAGCCCAAUCAUACUGCAUUUUUUGAGGAAAUGGUAAGUGGAGUGGUAGUGGAUACCAGAGCUUCGAUUGACCUUAACACUUUAGACACACAGACCAUACUGGAAGAGCUGUCAAAUAUCUCGUAACACUAUAUAUAUAUAUAUAUUGCAAUGUAUUUUUCAACAUUGUGACUGUUGUAUUCUAAUAUAUUCUUUUUUCGCAUAUAAACAGCUAGCUUCUCAUGUAAAUUACUUACAAAGUGAGAACAUAUAUUAUUCUACAGAGGUA